GUGUAUUCGACCUCCAUUGGUGGAUCGCCAGUGGAUUGCCUCCGCGGUUAACGCGUCUAUUUACGGGGAUCAUCCUCAUCCCUGGCUUUAUUGUCGUUCCUAGUACCCGCUAUCAACACCUUCGAGUGCUUUCUCGAUUGACCUCUGAUCGCACGUAGCACGUAUGGCUGGCGCAGACAAUAUGCAUAUGAGCACCAAUAUCAAGCCCGAGCCUAAUGACGAUAUCAAGGACUUCAGCACUGUCGGGGCCGUUCUGGCCAGUAAAUUCGCCUACUCAGCAGCAGGUAGCACUCCAUCGACACCUAUUCCCUCCUCUUCCCAUGUCCGCGGGGUCAAACCCGAGUCCUCUCCUACGAAGCCGAUACUCGAGCCGACUCGGAAGUCCACGCGAGUCAGACGCGGCACGGUAAAGCAGGAACUCCUUAACACCUCCUUUCCCGUCGUCAAGACGGUGAAGCAAGAAGUUGUCGGGAAGGUCAAGAAAAUAAACACGAAGCGGGGUUACGCAUCGCCGGAGCAGUAUGCGCACCUGCAGCUGCUCCCAGAGUUUUUGAAGGAGGAACUUGAUAUAUUGUUCUGUGGUAUCAACCCAGCGGUACGCUCUGCGCAAAUUGGUCACCACUAUGGUCAUGGUAGCAACCACUUUUGGCCGUGUCUCGUUGCAUCAGGCUUGACAAAUGGUGAACAAGUCACCGCGUUGGAAGACCACACCAUCAGUGAUCGGUUCAACUUCGGCUUGGCUGCGGAGUUGUCAAAGAAGGAAUUGGCUGCAGGAGUUCCGAGCCUCGUCCGCAAGAUCGCCCGAUAUCGUCCACGAAUAAUUGCUCUUGUGGGCAAACUUAUUUGGGACGCCAUCGAACGGGGCAUGAAGGACCUCGGGGUGACGGUCGUGAGGAGCGGCAAAGCCUUUUUGUACGACAUACAGCCGUACAAGGUCGUUCACCCGGUACAAGACGGUCACGAAGUGCGCGAGACGCUCUUCUUCGUCCUCCCGAGUUCGUCAGCAAGGGUGAUGAAGGACAAAACCGAGCUGUUUGCUCUCCUCAAGCAACGGCUGCAAGAGGUCAAGCAUGGUAGAGUGGAUACGUCCUCGAUGACCGUCGUCCGACCAUCAGCGAAGUAGAAGUCAUUCAUAGAUAGCCGUAUACGCGUUCGAUCUAGGGGGAUAUAGGAGAGCAUGUAAUAUGACAUACACAGUACUGUACUUCACUAAUGAUACACUGGAGGAGACCACAAAGCAGAACUACAACGACAACAGCAAGAACAUAAGCAUCAGUGUCCCGGACUCAUCUACUCUUCCAUAGCAUCGUCGCUCUCCUCCUCGCUCUCGCUCUCCUCGCCCUCUGCGACGUCAAGCGGGUCCAGGUCGAUGUCGUGGUCCGCGCCGAUGUACGAGUCGCAGAUGACGUAGAGCUUAAGCGC